AGUAACUCAGCUGAAUGAGAAUUUCAUGCUGACAAAGCCACCUCGCUCCUAUUUGGUAACAAAUCAAAGCCCCGUAGAUUCUCGAAGUCCAAAAACCUAGAAAGAGAGAGAGAGAGAGUCUACAUAUAAAAUCAUCUUCGUGAACUAUCUUUCUCCCUUCUCUUCCAGCGCAACUCUUGAAACUGAACAGAAACCAUCCAUGGCAGCCACCGCCAAUCUCUCUCCUUUGUCCUCUUCAUCAACUCUCUCAAAAUCCAUCUCCAAAAACGCUUCCUUUCCUCUGAACCCGCCUCAAAAAAACCCAUCUUCUCUCUUUCCAAAAACCCUGCCAAAACCCUCUUCUUUCCCUUGCAAACAUGUUUUUCAUACCCAAAAACCUCAGUUUACCAUCUCCUCUAAAAACCCCAUCUCUGACUUCUUUUCGACAAACAAAAGUGACCCAGAAGACGAUUUUAUCUCUUCUUUUAGUGAUGGUGACGAUAAGCCUCGUGAAGAGUGUGGUGUUGUGGGUAUCUUUGGUGACCCUGAAGCCUCACGUCUCUGCUAUCUGGCCCUCCACGCGCUUCAGCAUCGUGGACAAGAAGGUGCUGGUAUUGUAGCAGUGAAAAACAAAGUUCUUCAAUCAGUUACUGGGGUUGGUUUAGUCUCUGAUGUGUUUAAUGAGUCUAAGCUUGAUCAAUUGCCUGGCGAGAUGGCUAUUGGACAUGUUAGAUACUCAACUGCUGGUUCUUCUAUGUUAAAAAAUGUGCAGCCUUUUGUUGCUGGGUACAGGUUUGGUUCUGUUGGGGUUGCACACAAUGGAAACUUGGUAAACUAUAGAACUUUGAGAGCCAUGCUUGAAGAUAAUGGAUCAAUUUUUAAUACUAGUUCUGAUACUGAAGUUGUGCUUCAUUUGAUUGCUAUUUCAAAGGCUAGGCCUUUCUUUUUGAGGAUUGUAGAUGCCUGUGAGAAGCUUGAAGGGGCUUAUUCAAUGGUGUUUGCGACUGAGGAUAAGCUUGUUGCGGUUCGUGACCCCUACGGGUUUAGGCCAUUGGUAAUGGGGAGGAGGAGUAAUGGUGCUGUAGUGUUUGCCUCUGAGACUUGUGCUCUUGAUUUGAUUGAGGCAACAUAUGAGAGAGAGGUGUAUCCUGGUGAAGUUUUGGUGGUGGAUAAAAAGGACGGGAUUCAAUCACUUUGCUUGAUGCGCCACCCUGAACCAAAACAAUGUGUUUUUGAGCAUAUCUAUUUUUCUCUGCCUAAUUCUGUUGUUUUUGGCAGGUCUGUUUAUGAGUCACGAUAUAUUUUUGGGGAAGUACUUGCUUCUGAGGCUCCUGUUGACUGUGAUGUUGUGAUUGCUGUGCCGGAUUCCGGGGUGGUCGCUGCUCUUGGUUAUGCUGCCAAAGCAGGGGUUCCAUUUCAGCAAGGGCUGAUCAGGUCUCACUAUGUUGGAAGAACUUUCAUUGAGCCUUCACAGAAGAUUAGGGACUUUGGCGUGAAGCUUAAGCUUUCGCCAGUUCGCGGUGUAUUGGAAGGUAAGAGGGUUGUGGUCGUGGAUGACUCAAUUGUGAGAGGAACCACAUCUUCAAAAAUUGUUAGGAUGAUUAAAGAGGCAGGGGCUAAGGAGGUUCACAUGAGGAUUGCCAGCCCACCAAUUAUUGGUUCUUGUUAUUAUGGAGUGGACACACCAAGCUCUGAGGAAUUGAUAUCUAAUAGAAUGAGUGUGGAGGAGAUUAGAGAGUUUAUUGGAUGUGAUUCACUUGCUUUUCUGCCAUUUGAUAGCCUGAAGAAGAUGUUGGGUGGAGAUUCUCCAAAUUUUUGUUUUGCUUGCUUCUCUGGGAAGUACCCAGUUAUGCCAAGGGAAGUUAAAGUUAAACGGGUUGGUGAUUUCUUGGAUGAUGGGUUAAAUGGACCUAUUGAUUCCAUUGAUGGAGGUUGGGUUAAAGGUCCAAGAAAUUUCAACAGUGAGAAAGAAAUUGAUCCCCUGUAUCAACAGAGCAAGAUUUAGCUGUGGUGAGUGAUAGAUAUCUUGAGUGAUCCGAACACAGUCUAUAUUUUCUUCCUUGAACAAUCUAGAGUUUUACAAUAUAGAGCUAAUACAAUUUUGUCCCAUAGUUUUUUUCUGCAAAUUAAUCUCAUUAAUGUAUGGUUUUGUUUUCUUUGCGUAAAGCAAAUGGGCAAUUAGAUGAACUUUUGAUUGAUGUUAUAUCAUACAGUGAUUUUAUUGUAUCGGAGCUCCCUUAUUGACAGUUUCUUUCCUUUCCUGCUUC